AUGCCACCGCUCUUCCCAUCCCAAACAGCUAGCGCCAGUCCUUCGCCCAGUGGAGGAUCAGAUCAAAACAGAGGUCUCUCCAAUGGUGCAAUAGCUGGCAUCGUAUUAGGCUCUGUGUUUGGUGCAGCUUUAAUACUAGGUCUCUUGAUACUGCUAUGUCUUCGCCUUCGCAAGAGACGAAGAGGAAGCCAGGCCAGCGUCUUCAACCAACCCACGCCACAUCGAAGGGGCGCACCAAGCAUGACAUACAAUCCGCAACCAGGAGCUCAAACACUCCCACCUGAUUAUGGUCCACAACCCGGAGGAAGGGUCGCCAGGAUGUCUGCAUUGGAGAACAAUUCGAGCAGUUCCCGCUCGUACGCGAACGGGGCUGCAGCAGGCGUCGCUGGCAAGAAGUUUGGGGAUACCUCUGAAUCCGAGGCAUAUAACGAUACUCCUGAGAAGACUGGUCCUCCGUUGGCAGGCAAAAGAGGAGGCUCGCUUUCGAGUCAGUCGGCGCUUGGGGCGCUUGAUGAUUACAGCUCCCCCAACACUGACGGCCAGUUAUCUUCCCCGAAUGACGUGACGAGCGGACAGUCCGAGCAACUGCCAUUCUUCAAAGAUUAUUAUUCUUCAGAUGAAAUUCACCCUAAUGACAAAGUUUCAGUGCUAUGGGCAUACCAGCCCCGUGCAGGUGACGAAUUCGAACUGGAACGGGGGGAGAUGCUUAAGGUCGUGGGUAUAUGGGACGAUGGCUGGGCUACUGGGGUGCGAAUAGAUGAAAGAGCUGAAGAGUACGAUCCGAAGAGGAAAGAACACAGGGAUAGCGGGGUGUCUGAUUCGUCCCGACGGAUGGACGCCUCGCCGCAAGGCGAACUCAAAGCCUUCCCCUUGUAUGUGGCUGAUUUUAUGGGCGGAAUGAAGAAAGAGGAAGUCUUUGAGCUCCUCGACUUCGACCAUUCUCAAGGUGGCAAUUUCGUUGAUACGGCAAACAACUAUCAGAGUGAGCAAUCGGAGCAAUGGAUCGGGGAAUGGCUGGCUUCGUCGGAAGGGCUUCGAGACCAGAUGGUCGUGGCGACUACGUAUACGACUUGCUACACAAACUACAAGGGUUUCAACGACAUCCUUCACUCUAAUAGUGCCGGUAACGGUGCCAAAAGCCUGCACGUAUCGUUAAGAAACAGUCUGAAAAAGCUGCAAACUGACUAUAUUGACAUUCUCUAUGCUCUUUACACCUCACCGGAUCUGGAGCUCCGCUAUAGGGUCUCUAAUAAACCAAAACCUCUCACAUUCAACACUUAUGUUUUUCCAAUUCUUGGGGGAAGAAAAGUAGAUCACCUCAAAGGGAAUAUUGAAGCCCUGGCUUUGGAGCUUUCGGGAGACGAUAUAAACGCCAUAGAUGGAGCUACCGACUUUGAUAUUGGGUUCCCAAUGAACUUUCUUGGAGGUACUGGAAAACCGCAAGACUCAUGGUUGAUGAACGCUUCCGGGCAGUACGAUUACGUUGAGAAUACUAAGCCUAUCCCACCGCUAAAAGAACUUGGCUCGACGGACAGCAAAAACCCACUGCUUGAAUAG